UUGUCGCAAAAACAGCGAGCGGAGUGAGGCGAUCAGAGAUGCACCAUAAAGGAGCCUGACACUUUAUAUGUUUUGCGUUUUAAGAUUGUCGUAAUGUUUCUUUGAUUUAGGGUGUAAAUAGCUUAAGGCAUAGGGACAAGAUGGAUGCUAUGGAGGAGGACAGUUUGGACAUAAAAGACGAUCACAACCACAACUACUGUGCUAGCAGCAGCAGGGACGCUAGAUUUAUGAGAGGUCCGCCGAGAGCGGGGGCUCCGCAGCCCCUGUGUGUCCCGGAGCCGGCGGGCAGCAGCAGGGGGAAGGUUCGCUGUCGCACUGCGGGAUCUAAGUUUAUGGACUCGGAUUCAGGCAGCGAGAGCAGCGAACUGAGUGAGGAGUGCUCCGCGGCUCCUCCGGCGGCUGGAGAGGGCAAGUUUAGCCUCGACUGUGCCUCAAAGUUCCUCAUGAAUUCUAUGGCCAUAGAGGAUUACCAAAAGAACCACUGGCCAAAUCUGGAGAAGGCUAUUGACCGUCUCCUAAUCCAGAACCCAACAGACCAUAUCUCUGUGUCUUAUGCGCAAAUUUACAGUUAUGUCUACAAAUGUGUGUGCCAGCAGCAUUCAGAGCUGCUUUACCGAGAUUUGACAACUAAAAUAUCCAAUCACCUGCAGCAUGUUUCUACACAGUUAUAUACCAGCACGGCAGAAACAUUUAUUGAGGACUUUGAUACAGUGCUGUCUCAGUACAUAGCCUCCCUUCAGUGCAUUGUCCCUGUAUUUAUGUACUUGAAUAAAUUUUACAUUGAGUCAAAGCUCAACAGAGAUUUAAAAGAAGAUUUGAUGAAACUUUUUGCUGAACAUGUUGCUGAGAAACAUAUCAACACAUUGAUGCCUCUCCUCAUCAAAGCUCACGCCAUGCCUUUCCAAGUGCAGCCUUCAACAAUGGCCAGUGUUGUCAAAGGACUCUACAGCCUCCGACCCGAGUGGGCUCAGUUUGCUCCAGCUCUUUUCUCUGGUUUUAUUCCUCAAAUCCACCCUCCUGCUAAAGAGUCCCUCCUCCCAGACUAUGCAGCUCAUGACCAGAAACUGCAGAUGGAGCUCUCGAUGAACGGAUUCCCACGUGGGGACAGAUCAAGAAAACGAGCCAGUGAAGAUUCCUGAUGAGCAUUACUAAUAUUUUGCACAAAUCAAAAACAAUUUUGCAUACACCUUGGUACUUUUAACUUUAAUACUGGAAAAAAAAAUCCCAUAAAAAAUAAAAACAUGCAUGAGCUUCUAGUAAUAAAAAAUAGGACAUUCCCUUUGUUCCAAAAUAAAAAAGGAAAAUGAAAAUCCCAUAGUAGAGAGGUUUCUAAAGAGCAUCUUGGGUAUUUUCAAGCCAAGGUCUAUGUAAACUUGAAUAUAUUGUGCCACCUGGAUUUUUACAACAUGGCUUCUUGAUAUAUGAACACAACUUAACUCAAUUUGUACCACUGUGAAAAGUGUAAUGCUAAGACUAACCUUGUGUAGAAAUCAUGUUUUAAAAUCUAUUUAUCUAAGGUUGUUCAGUGAUGGCGUUUGUGGGCUGCUGCCAUUUCCAGUUCUCAUUUGACGAGUGCCUUUAGGGUGUCUGUGUGAGCAGAACCCAGAGAUGGGUAAUUCAUUUAACACUGAACUGUCUUGUGUUAUUUUGUCGAGUCCAAGGCUCAUUCUUGCUGCUAAUAAUGCAACUCCAGACUAAUCCCAUAAACCGUUGUCUCAUGUCUUUAUCAAACAUUUCCCGUUGCCUUUUUUGAUAACCUUCAAUUUCCUGAGCCAAAAACUUCAUUGUAACCUCUCCUAUAGGUUUACAAACCACUGAAACAUUGUUUUGUAGAAGGUUUAGCUUGCUGUUUGACCCAUAUUCCAUUCCCCCCACAUUAUGUUAAAGUAUUGCUUUGAUAUUCUGAAUAUGCAAAUAUCAAGUACUUUGUCAUUGCCUCUUAACAUGUACAGCCUGUUCAUAAUGUAAAUAGUUUGUCUUUGUCACAAUGCUGUAGGUGAAUGAUACAAGGCUUUGCACUGUUUUAAGUGUAACUAAAAGCUCUGUCCGUGGGCGGCUAAAAUGGUUCUUCUCACUGUCUUAUGUUAAAGCUUUUUCAAUUAAAAUGAUUUCAUUAA